UAACCACGUAAAUUAACAUUCACUGCCUAGUUUUUUUUUUUUUUUUUGCAUUGCAAGGAGGCCGCAGACAAGAACAAGAGGCAGGGGAACAUGGGGUUACAGGGAGGAGGAAGAUCGGGCCGCAAUGCGGCGCUCGAACGUAAUGCCUAAACAAUCAUCUCGAAGCAAAGCCAUUAGUUCGGGUGGUGGAUUAGCAAGCUCAUGCAUACCGUAGGGUUAGACGAGACUGUGCUUCGAGAGCCAAUCCGCGACUCUAUUCCCUUCUCGAUAAACAUGAUUGAUGCUAACCAACCAAUCCCGACAUAGUUUUCUGCGAUUACUAGAGAGAAGAGUAGCGUAAGGGUGAAUGAGGUAAACUCUUUCUGAAUAAGCUGCAGGGCCAACUGCGAAUCAGUUUCUACCUUUACCACUUGGCAACCAAGUAUCCAGGCUAGAUCCAAACCAUAAUUAAUUCCCCAAAUCUCAGUAAGAGCAGCAGUAGCCAAUCCUAGAUUAGCCACGAACCCGCCAAGCCACCUGUAUGUCAAGUCUCUAACUGCUCCACCAGCUCCGGCUGGUAUGGGGUUGCCGCUCGAAGCUCCAUAGACAUUCAAAGUCACCUAGGAGCUUGAGGGAGGAGACCACCCGACGUUUUCCCAUUGUCGUUCAGAUGAGCGCACUCGGUUGUCAGGAAGUAGCGGGGGCACAUUCCAGGAGUCAUUCCAGGUCUUGGUCUUCAUCAUGAUGGAAUGUUCCAAGGUCGGGGCAGAGAGAGCGACAUUCGUUCCUCGAAGAGCAGUCGCGCAUCGAUUUUUCCAAAGGAGCCAAUUUGCCAUACUGAAGAAAGCAGGCUAACCAAUGUUCGCGGCUGACAUCUCUCUCUCCAAGAAGUUCCUGCGGGAGCCACUCUUCUUACGUAGUGCUGCAGAAGCUCUCUAGCUAUUGAGGAGGGACAUGGUGAGACCAGAAAAAGAUGGUCUGGGGGCAGUCCCUAAGGAUGCGAAGAAUCAAUUUCGGUUGUCCCGUACAUCUCUCACAGAAAGGGGUGGCAAUUUAGGGUUCGAGUUCGCAAUUUAGGGUUCGAGGAGGAGACUGGAGGUGGAGAUGAUGGAUAUAAUUGUGGGGAAGGUUAAUUGGGUCUCGAUUGGGGUCGGUUAGCCGGAUAACCACGGUUAAUCACCAUUGGUUACUCGGUCAACCGACCCCUUCCUUUUCCCAUCAGACCACCAACCGCCAAGAUAACCAGUCGGUUUUUGGUUAGCUGGUAACCAGACGAUUUUCGGUUAUAACCAACGUUUACCCGCUAACUGGAAACCGGAAUGCCAGCCCAACCUACAAGUUUGGAAUUGAGAUGAGACAUUUACUCACAUGCUAAAGGACGUGUGGUUAAGUGAUGCAGCAAGUUUGUGUACUUAGUCUAAUUAAAGUGUUCUUGUAUAAGAUGGCUAAUGUGUCAAGCCCCUUAGGUUUCUCGUCUGAUGGUACAACAGCUGGAGCCGGUAGACCCGGACAUGGUUGUUUGUAUGUGGGAUGAGCCUACUAGAAGUGGAUCUCACUCGGCUGGGGGAUGGUGAUUUGGAAUCCGGCUAGGGAUAUCCUAUUGGCUAAAUGAGUUCAAUUUCCAGGAAUUGAUGACCCUGCAGUGGUGGAAUUACUCGUCCUCCGCGAAAAAAUUUUGUGGUGUCUGGAGCAUGGUUUCGCGGUGGUCAGAUUCGAAGGGGAUGCCAAGGUGAUUAUCGAUAAAAUCAAGUAGGCGGAUACCAGUGAUAACUAGAUGGGUGUUGUUCUUGAUGAAGUAAUGCAGUAUUUUGCUGCCCAUUCUGGGUUUAGUGUUCGAUUCGUAGGUCGGCGUUAUAAUAGGGUAGCUCAUGUGGUGGCUAGAAAGGCUCUUUCUUUGUACCAGACUAUGAGUCGUUUCUUUGAUUUUCAGACCUGGCUGAAUUCCACGGUGUAACUAUCUUUUGUCAAUCAAUAUAAGAUUAUCUUUUGUAAAAAAAUAUUUAUUUAUUUAUUUUACAUAAUUAUAAAAUUUAUUAGACCAAAAAUCAUACUGCAAUAUAUUCAAAGCAAAUUACACUUGUAUAACAAAAACUUUGACGCUAUUGUCAAUUAUAGAAACUUUUGCGAAAAUAAACAAAAUAGCCAAUUCCGUUAAAUUCUUUGACGGUGUCAAGUAACGGACUGACUGGACUAACGGAAAGCUGAGCUGGACACUCUCCAUCAACAACAAUUCCACGCGGAUAAAUUAAAAAAUGAAAAUUUGAAUUUUAAAAUUAGAAAAUGGGUCUUUUGACUAUGGGAAAUUUUCAAAACCCAUCUCAAAUCCCCAACAAAAUCAGAAUCCCGAAAAAUUCCAAAACACAAUCAGAAAAACUGAAAUCCUUCUCACCAAAAAAAAAAAUCUCACCAAAAAAAGAAAGACUGAAAUCCAUCUUGUAGCUAGAGCCGUCGCCAGAGUUCACUCCUUUUGAACCCAUAUCACUUUUUAAAUCCAUCUUGUAGCAACAGUGACGACGAUGGCAACAACGACGGGACGACGAUUCAGAAGAAGCGUUGGAGUUGAGCUCGGAUCGGCUGCUAUAUCUCCGUCUCCAUCUUUGGUGGCCAAUUCCAUGGAUUUGGGAUUAGGGUUUUCUGGAGAGUGUUUGUUGGAGAUGCAUGCAGGGAUGACCAAAUUGAUUUUUUCAAUAUGUAGAGGAAGGUCGGUUUGCAGGGGCCUUUGAUUUGCCUCCUCAAUUUCCAGGAUUGACCGAUUUGGUGAGAGGCAAGGGAGAAGAAGAAAAAGAGGGGAAAAUGGUUGAGGGAGAUAUGAAGAGAACCGUCGAUUGUUUUUUUCUCUCUCUCUUCUCUCUAUUUGGCUUCUUGGGCUGAUUUCAUUGAAGCAUAACAGAGAGGAUUGCUGGGUGUUGGGUUUUGGAAAAAAGGGGUUGGAGCAACAGAGGAGGAUGGGGAAGAAUCGGCAGUGGAAGGAAUGAGAAAGGACGACAUCAUUGAGUGGUGGGAGAGGAGAGAGGAUGAGAAAAUAAUUUAUGAUUUUUUUAAUUAAAAUAUGACAUGACAUCCAUGUGGCAAGUGUUGUUGAGUUAUUGAUGAUGUGUCCGGUGAGUUGGCAGUCAUAUCAUUGUUUCGUUAAUUUGACUAAUGGUGUCACUAACGUCGUCAAACAGUCAAACUAUGUAACGGAAAUGACUAUUAUUGUCAUUAAACUUUCAAAUUUCUGGCUAUUAUUGGUAUUUCUUCAAAAGUGACUAUUAUUGUCAUAAACGUCAAAGUUUUGGCUACACAAAUGAAUUUUGCCUAUAUUCAAUUUGAUACGAUCCAAUCUAAAUAUUGAUUUGAUCCGAUUUAAAUAUUUGAUUUUGCAGAUGCAGUCAGUAUAGAUCAAAUCAUUACACAACACUAGAGGUGGCAAUUUUAAUCCAAUCCACCAAUCCAAUCCAUCAAUCCAUUAAAAAUAUCCACCUAAUCCAAUCCAUUUAAUCCAAAUCCAAUUGGAUUGGUGGAUUCAUGGAUUGGAUCCAUGGAUCAUUGACAAAUUACGAUUUAGUACCUAUAAUUUUUAUUUUUUACAUUUUGGUACCUAAAAUUUAAUUUUUUAUACGAAAAAUAUCAUUGGAAAAUUACGUUUUGGUACCUAAAAUUUUUCAUUAUGACACUUUAGUACCUAAACUUUUUACAUUUUACAUAUUGGUCCUUGGUUGAGGAUGCCAUUUGGAUUCAUGAAUAAUCCACCAAUCCACUUGAUCCAAUCCAUGAAUCCACCAAUCCAUUUGAUCCAUGGAUCCACCAAUCCAAUCCAUGAAUCCACCAAUCGAAUCCAUUUGCCACCUCUACAAGUGCCAUGUGUGCUGAAGUAGAGAGUCGUAGGAAGAGGAUAUCCAUAACCACUUGCUCUGCUUACCAACUACAUUCACUACUUUUAGUCUGGGAUCUGGUGGCAGCCCGCCCACCAUAGGAAUAGUACACACCCACCAACCCCACCAAACACCGUCAAAUUACAUUAGCAGCAGGAAAGCAAAAAAGAAAAGUGCUUACGCACAAAACAACCGGAUUUAAUCAUCGGAAAAAGAAAAUUAACGGAUCUUCUGCCGAAAAAUAGAAACAAACACGAAAAAAAACGAAGGCCAUAACUGUCAAUUCACAAUCUCCACCUCGUCCAUUUUAAGCCCCUCUCCGUUUCCACUUCCAUUUCUUUCUCACCCUGUUUCUCCCUCUCUCUCCACUCUGUUUUUUCUUCUUUCUUUCUCUCUCUGAAUCUCACCAGAAGAAGAGAAAACAAAGAAAGAAAAUGGAUCCAGUUACAGUAUGGGGAAACACUCCGUUGGACCAGGUGGACCCUGAGAUCCACGACCUCAUCGAGAAGGAGAAGCGUCGCCAAUGCCGCGGGAUCGAGCUCAUCGCCUCCGAGAACUUCACCUCCUUCGCCGUCAUCGAGGCCCUCGGUAGCGCCCUCACCAACAAGUACUCCGAGGGAAUCCCCGGCAACCGCUACUACGGUGGCAACGAGUACAUCGACCAGAUCGAGAACCUCUGCCGAUCCCGCGCCUUGGAGGCCUUCCACUGCGAUCCGGCCAAGUGGGGUGUCAAUGUGCAGCCUUACUCCGGCUCCCCUGCCAAUUUCGCCGCCUACACCGCCGUCCUCCAGCCCCAUGACCGCAUCAUGGGUCUCGAUUUGCCAUCGGGUGGCCAUCUCACUCAUGGGUAUUACACCUCGGGGGGUAAGAAGAUCUCCGCUACUUCCAUUUACUUCGAGAGCUUGCCCUACAAGGUGAAUUCUGAGACGGGAUACAUCGACUACGAUAAGCUGGAGGAGAAGGCGCUGGAUUUCAGGCCCAAGUUGAUCAUCUGCGGUGGCAGUGCGUACCCUAGGGACUGGGAGUAUAAGAGGUUCAGGGAGGUUGCUGAUAAGUGUGGCGCUCUUUUGCUCUGCGAUAUGGCUCACAUUAGUGGCCUUGUUGCUGCUCAGGAAGCUAACAACCCAUUCGAGUACUGUGACAUUGUGACGACCACAACCCACAAGAGUUUGAGGGGACCUAGAGCUGGUAUGAUCUUCUACCGCAAGGGACCUAAGCCAGCAAAGAAGGGACAGCCAGAAGGCGCGACCUACGAUUUUGAGGACAAGAUCAACUUCUCUGUGUUCCCUUCUCUCCAGGGAGGUCCUCACAACCACCAGAUCGGUGCACUUGCUGUUGCAUUGAAGCAGGCCAACACCCCUGCAUUCAAGGCCUAUGCCAAACAAGUGAAGGCCAAUGCAGUUGCUGUUGGUAACUAUUUGAUGAAGAAAGGGUACAAGAUGGUCACUGGUGGAACUGAGAAUCACCUUGUUCUGUGGGAUCUCAGACCUCUUGGGUUGACUGGCAACAAGGUGGAGAAGCUUUGUGAUCUCUGCAACAUCACCGUGAACAAGAAUGCAGUGUUCGGUGACAGCAGUGCUUUGGCCCCAGGAGGUGUGAGAAUUGGUGCACCGGCCAUGACUUCAAGAGGGUUGCUGGAGAAGGACUUUGAGCAGAUUGGUGAGUUCCUCCACCGUGCAGUUACCUUGACACUGAGCAUUCAGAAGGAAUACGGGAAGCUGUUGAAGGACUUCAACAAGGGUUUGGUGAACAACAAGGAGAUUGAGGCUCUGAAGGCUGAUGUUGAGAAAUUUGCAGGUUCCUUUGACAUGCCCGGUUUCCUCAUGUCCGAGAUGAAGUACAAGGAGUAAUUAGGGUUUGGUUAUACUUCAUCCAAUUUAUAUUCCUGAAGUAGCAGCGUGAAUUUUUACCCGAUUAUGAAUUUAUGAUUGUCUCCCCACCAAAGAAAGGAAAAGAAGGGGUUUUUUCUGUCUUUUGUUGGCUUCAUAGUUUGUUAGGUUGUCCAUUUCACAUUAUUUUCCCCUGUUUGUCGGAUGUUCUCCUGUUUAAUGCAUCUGUAUCCUCAUUGCUCUGUGCUUUAUAACCUAGAUUGUUGGCAAAAUCAAUAAAUCAAGCAGUCGAAUUACAGAUUUCACAUAACUUUGAUCUUUCUUGGCUAUAGCUACUGGAAUUACAGUUGUUAAACCGGGGUUGGACUGACCGGUUUAGCUUUAGCUGGUCUUGGUCGAACGAUUGGCUUUUGCAGUUUGAUCAAACGAUUGAGCUUGCGAAUCCCUUCCUCUGCUUUCCUCUCCAAGCACUUCCACUCUCUGCAUUUCACUGCAAAUCCGAGUCUUUUUUAGAACACCGAGCUCGAUGAGCUGGCUUACUUUAGGCACUCCACUAUUCAAGUUGAGCGCAUGCUUUUUGGCUCUUAGAAGCACUCUCACGUUUCAGACAGACAAAUUAUCUCUUUACUCUAGUUUUAAGGUUCACAACUUCAAACUUGUCUUACAGUCAGAGUUGAUAAGUUUUCCAGUAACUUCACUCAUAAAUCAAGACAUUCUUCUGUGUUUUCAACACAAAUCCAGAUAUUCACAAGAAUAGAAAGCAAUUAACAACAUCCAGCCUCCAGGUAUGAAAUACAACCUUCUCACCUAGCUCAGCUUGAUUUUUUUUCCUCAGCCAACCUUUCCAACUCUUCCUCUAGCCUUUUGACAUCACGUAAUAUGUUUGAUGCAGCAACCUUUUCCUCCCUUAGACCAUGCCAGCGUAGCUGAAUGUGCUGCAGAUCAUUUUCCAUGUACCUUAGCUCAUCCCUUAACUUUUCCAGUUCACUCUGCAGAGAAUCCCUAGUUACCAGGAGAAGAUGAUCAAGAUAGCAAAAGACCUUGCCGACGAUUGCCCAGCUCCAUGCUCGAUCUCUUCACACCAUUUCCCCUAUCUCUUUGUUAAGGUGCUCGCUCAUUUCACAAUCCUCUUUCGUUUCUGUAUAUGCUCUCUGUUGAACGAUUCCUUUGCACUAUCGUUUCCCUAAGUAGACUGAACAGAGCCUAUCCGACCAAUUAUUGAAGGGUGGAAACUUCGCUUGAAAUUGGUUCAAUUCAUGCUCUUUUAGGCUUCCCAUUGUUGGCGCUCCAGUGAUUCUUUAUGUCCUUUGCCACCUGCUUAUAAUCUGGUGGAAUUGCUUUAUCAUGCUUUCUACUGCAGCGGAUGUGAAAAUGAGGUACCCUGCAAUCAAAUUUAGAGGUCGAAUUUCUUACAGUAGAACCUCAAUGGAGGUGAAAAGGCUGCAAGGGAGCUUCUAAGGAGCCUUGAAGCUAAGUGGUCAAGUUGCUGUUGGGUUUUUAUAGAGUGGAAGCCAACAUUCAGAAAAGGCAUGUUCUUAUCUGAUAUUAUCUUGUGUAUCUUUCAGAUGCUGUCAAUAGUUUUGUCGAGACUGGGAAAGUCUGUCUCUUUUUCAUAACAACUAACUAAGCAACAUAUUGUCUGAACCAUGCUACUACAGGUAUUCUUCCUAGAAAGGUUGCUGUUAUGCAGUUGUGUGCAGAUACUGGUCAAUGCUACGUGAUGCACAUAUUUCAUUCCGGAAUUCUUUUAACUACAUCCUACACUUGUGAAAGUACAAAACAUCUUUCUGUAUCCAUCCUUUUCUCUUCUAUUUUGACACCCAGAUUAUAGAUGUAUUUUAUGUUGCCGUGCUCUGAUGCCUCUGCAGGUUGGAGUUGGGAUUGGCAAGGACUGUGUGAAGGUUUUUAAAGAUUAUAAUGUCUCUGUUCAAGCUGUGGAGGAUCUUUCAUCUCUAGCAAAUCAAAAGCUUGGCGGAGAACCCGGAAAUUGGAGUCUUAAAGCUUUAACUGAGAUGCUUGUUUCCAAAGAGGUACCUUCACAUUUUCCUGUCUACCUACUGAAAAAUUACUACACAUUCUGCAGUCAAUCCUAGAUGGCAUCUCUUGUGUGUUUGUGUAUCUUCAUGCAUCAUCUCCCUUUGAAGUUUAAGUUGAGAUAACGAAAAUCAAAAUCUACUUAGGGAUAUAGGAAUAGCAAUGGUGAAUAUGCGCAUCGAUUGAGAACUUUCCAGUGUUCCUUUGUAACGCACAUAUGGAGUGUUCAGUUAGGGAUAUAGGAAUUGUGCAUUUGCAUCAGUGGGGAACUUAACCAGUAUAUCCUUGCAGAUCUAACAUCAGGUUAACCGCGAUACUGUGCUUUAUACUCUUGUUAGUAAAACUUGCUUCUGGAUUUUGUACAAAUAUAGCAUCCAUACCCAACAAAUGAACUGCAUUGACGCGAAUAUAGACAAACUUUGGCGUUGGUAGUUAUCCUGUGGACAUUGUUAGAACCACCCACAGGGGGAACUUAUGUAGAUUCUGGACCCUCACUAACAAACAUUGCACUCAGAAUAAGUUAGGAAAUAAGGUUGCGUCAGCAUGAUGGUUUUCAGACUAAUGGUCUCUCUCCCUUGCUUCGCAAGAUCCUCCAGCACCUGUGCUUUUGCUUGUGGUUUCCCCCUCUAAACUAAUGUUCUCUGCCUUCUUUUUACAUCAUGUCUUCGUUCUUCUGCAAAUUCGCCCAUUUAAGCUCAGCAGUUUAUCAAACGAACAAACUACUCCGAGAUUCAACUGGAAACCUCUAUCCUCCAAUGUCAUUUUGGGCUGUGGUCUUAAGCAAAUGCGUCAAUAAGGUAUUCUAACUAGCUAAUGAACUAUACUUUGUAGCUUCCGAAACCGAACAAGAUCAGACUGGGGAACUGGGAAGUUAAAUCUCUAUCAAAGGAGCAACAGCAGUAUGCAGCUAUAGAUGUUUUUUUGCUUCUUGGCAACUCUACCAAGUAAGUUGUUACUUUCUACAGAAAUCACGCUGCUACUGCAUUUCUUAUUUACAUAGACCCCACACGUUACACAGAACUGUUUCUUCUAAUGAAUAGGUCUUGAAAGAGCUUGCCGACACAAAGAAUUCUGUAGGUGAAGCCAGUGAGGACGUGAAAGUUGUGCCACCAUGAGUUCCUACCUGUAGAGUUCUUCGUCAUCAUCCUGCAAGGCAAGUCAACGAAAAUAACAAUCAAUUGCUCAACAAACUGACAAUUAACUUAGGCCCUAGUCUUUUUCUCGUCCUAUGGCAGAUAAGGACUAUAGACUAUAUAGCCUAAGAUCGUCUGAAACCUCAUUGUCUUCUGGUCCAUCUAAUCAAAGCCUAAUGUCCCCACUGAUAAAAUUAUUGAAUCCAAGUCCUACUUGAACAUCAGAAUGGAAAAAAAGUAUCCAAAAGCAUAAUUUAGUAAUCUCUUAAAUGACCCAUCUCAUCAAUGAUCUCAAGUAUUUUGGAUGUACCCUGUAGCUUCGUUUGCAUUCUUGUGCUUCAAUCUUCUUUCUGUUCCCACUUCACUUAAUGACUGGAGGGCCAACUAUCUGUACCAACUUGUGCCUGUUUUUUAAGCAGGUAAUCGGAAAUUUGAUUCCGGGGACAUUCUUAAUUGCAAGUUGCCAGAGCUAAAAAAUUCACUCCCUGUACUUGUUUGAGGUGUGGAUUUGAUCCUAGAGAAACUCUGGCACCACCUACCAAUAACAAUAGUUACCAAUAGGGGUUUCCUCCACAUCUAGGUUGUCAACCCGCGGGUUGACCCGGACCCGAUCAAGUUAGUGGGUCAAGGAUUAAUGGGUCAACCGUUUUAGCCCGGUUUAGCCCGGAAAUAUGGAAAGAGUCAUUAUAUCGUACUUUUCCUUAUAUAUUAUAUUAAAUAUUAUCUAACAUAUGACUUAUAACAUAUAAUAUUACACCAAAAUAACAUAUCGUACUUAGA